AGGCGGGCGGCGGCGGGCCGUGGGGCCUGGUCCUGGUCCUGGUCCUGUCGCCGUCCCUUUAGCGACCUUGAAGGUCCGAGGCUUCGCCCCUUUCCCGGCGUCGCUCCCUCCCUGGGCAGCCCGCCUGUGGCGGCGCUCCUAGUCUCAUGGCGCUGCCCCCGUUGCACAGGUGCCUCCAACUUAAUGAUGAAAAUGAACAGUUGCUCAAGAAGUUGAAAAAACUGCGCAUAAAAAAUAAAGAGCUAGAAAAGAAUUUGGCUCUGUUCCAAGAGAAACUGCAUCUGCAGCAGUUAAUGCAUGACUGUGUCACAAGCAGAGAUGUUCAGGUUCAAACAGACUCCUACUUAUGGCAUAAGGGUGGACACAACAAGGAUCUCAAUCUAGAGAGUGAGAAUGUCAGACUACUUCAGAUGUAUAAUAAUCUCCAGAAACGUUACAUUAAAGAAAUCAAGACAAAUCAGGAGCAAAGUGAAACAAUUAAAAAUCUCACUAUUAAAAUUCAUGAGCUAGAGCAUAAUCUUCGAGAGCAGAGACAAAGAAUUGAGCAAUUGGAAUGUAAAAAGGUUUCUAAGAAGGCUAGAGCUGUUUCUGAAAAAAGAAGUCAAACUCCAGAGGGAGAAGUAACAUCUUGCAGAUGCAUGUAUAAAAAGAAGGAAUCGUGUUGCAGUAAAUAUUUAGAGCUAUUGUUGAAGGAGAUUAAAAAGCUGAAGAAAGAAAAUGAAAAGUUGUCUACAGAAAGGAGAGCACUAAGAAAUGAAUUAGCUGGAUUAGACAAGGAUUUUUUUGAAGAGAUAGAAGAUCUAAAGCGUGCCGUACAGGAAUCUGUGAAACUGAAUAAUGAGUACGAGAAGUGCUUGAAACAAAUAAGUGCAAUUUAUAGACUUCCUUUAACACUACCUUUGUGACUAUUGAUUUAAUGGCAAGUAAAUGUUCCACAUAAAUUUUCAUAUUUAUUGUGACAUUGAAACCUAACCUGGUUUAUGUAGUGCCAUUUUUUGAUAAUGAGUUCAGUAAUACAAUUUCUAUAUCGCAAGCUAUUCUGAAAUGUUUUUGUG